AUGCGGCUUAAUGCUUUGAUGUUAAACAAUAACGAAAUCACAGAAGUCGAAUACAUUGGAAGUUUAACCGCAUUGAAUACCAUAGUUCUUUCGCAUAACAAGAUAGCUGCUCUCCCGUCUUUCCCUCGUCUAACAGACUUGAUCAAACUCUCUGCAACUCACAACUCAAUAACGGAAAUUCCGGAUCUGUCAUUUAAUACAAAAUUGAAAGAAUUGAGAUUAAGUCAUAAUAAUAUUAAAACCUUGCCAGAGUCCUUGAAGGAAUGUAAUGCAUUAGAAGUAUUUGAAGUGGGGCAUAAUGAGAUUGAAAAUUGGAGCGACAUCGAAGUGCUAUCUUCACUGAAAAAUUUGCAUAACUUGGGUUUAAAAGGAAAUCCUAUUUGCUCACGAGCAGAUUACAAUCGCGACAAGGUCGUAUCUCUGGUAUCUUCUCUUCGAAUCCUUGACGGCGACAGAUUUGACCCGAAGUACUUGGAAAUAAAGUCGAAACGAGCCCAAUUCUUAAAGGCUCAAGAGGCAAUAAAAAAGAGGAUAGAGAAAAAGAAAGAAAAGAACGAGAGGCUUGCAAAACAAAAAAAUGAUUCUGAUGAAGGAAAAGCCGAUCAUGGGACAGAAGAUAGAAGCGAUAGCAUGGGAGGGAAUAAAAACACAGAAUAUGGGGAAGGCAAGAAUAAGAAUGACGAUCUGGGGGACGAUAAAGGCGAUAUGAGGAAACGAGUUAAAAUCGAAAAGGAGAAAUAUAUAAAGGAGAAGCACAAAAGUAGCAAACAUAAGAGGGAAAGUGAGGAUGAUGUAAAUGCUAAGAGAGUGAAGAAGUCGAAUCCACCAGAGAACUCAACGGUAUCACGGAAAGAAGGGGUUACUGAGGAUCAAGCGGAGAUGCAUUCCUUAGCAUCAAAAUUGGACCUCCCCAAAGCUACAUCUCCAAUUAUAGAACCACCCACUUCAUCGGCAAGUGAUGUGUUGGGUAGUGUAAAUGUCACAGGGGUCGUAGCUGUGAAAGAUUUCUCUGAUAAACGGAGUAAAGAAAAGAAAGUGCACGCGUUUGAUGUUGAAGUUUGGGAGCGAAUAUUAAGAGAGAGUGAGAGCGGAGGUAUCGGAAAUGGUGGUGACGGAAAGUCGGCGUGGGAUUAA